UAUCGCACAGUCAGUGUUGUGUGGUGCGGUGCUGUUCUGUUCCGUGCCGUGCGGGCUGCAUAUGAGUGCAGAGUCAUAGCCAUGGUGUUCGAGUCCCUGGUUAGCGACCUGCUGAACAGGUUCAUCGGAGACUAUGUGGAGAACCUGGACAAGUCGCAGCUCAAAAUCGGUAUUUGGGGAGGAAAUGUUGUUCUUGAAAAUCUGAGAGUUAAAGAAAAUGCAUUGAGUGAAUUGGAUGUCCCCUUCAAAGUGAAAGCAGGACAGGUUGGAAAGCUGACAUUGAAGAUUCCUUGGAAGAACCUCUACAGUGAGGCUGUAGUUGCUACAUUAGAUGGUCUGUAUCUUCUUGUUGUUCCGGGAGCAACCAUUAAGUAUGACGCAGCAAAAGAAGAGAAAUACAUCCAGGAGGCCAAGCAGAAGGAGUUGCAGCGUAUUGAGGAGGCUCUGCAGAUGGCUAUGCGCAGAGGCUCCCAGUCGGGGGAGUUCUUGUUCAAUCUGGAAAGCUAUGUGUACAACGAGUCCAAACACGGACAUAAGCCUAAAAAACGUAAAAAACCAUUUAAGAAAUCUAAACGUCAUGAGCACAAACAAGAAAAAUCGCAAGAUGAGAAAAAGGACACAUUUGCCGAGAAGCUAGCCACACAGGUCAUUAAAAACCUUCAGGUCAAAAUCACCAGCAUUCACAUCCGAUAUGAAGAUGAUCUCUCUGAUCCUGAGCAUCCUCUUUCCAUGGGUGUUACCCUUGCAGAGCUCAGCUUACAGACAACAGAUGAAAACUGGAAGACGUGCAUUUUAAAUGAGGCUGCAAAAAUAAUCUAUAAGCUGGGCCGCUUAGAGUGCCUGUGUGCAUACUGGAAUGUCAACAGCCAGAUAUUCUACAGAAGUUCCUGGGAGCAAAUUGUGGACAAACUGAAGGCAGGAAUCAGCACAAAAGACGAGGAGCUCAGAGGCUACCAAUAUAUUUUCAGACCCAUUUUUGCAUUGGCAAAAAUAUGCAUCAAUCCAAAUGCUGAGACUGAACUCAAGUCUCCCAAGGCAAACCUUUACCUGGAGGUGAAGAACAUUGGAAUUGAGAUGACCAAACCUCAGUACCUCUCCAUGGUGGACCUUCUAGAGUCCAUAGACUGCAUGGUUAAGAAUGGGCCCUACAGAAAGUACAGACCUGAUGUAGCUGUGCACCAGUAUGCUAAACAAUGGUGGAAGUAUGCUAUAAACAGCGUCUUGGAAGUACACAUCAAGAGGUUCAACCGGAUGUGGUCAUGGUCGCACAUUGAGAAACAUAGACGUACCUUGAAAGCUUACAAAGCUGCAUAUAAAGCCAAACUGACACAAGGAAAAAUCAAAGAAGAUGUUGAAAAGCACAUUCAGGAUCUUGAAAAAGUCCUGGAUGUUUUCAACAUCACAUUAGUCCGUCAACAAGCACAAAUGGAGGUUAUCCGGUCUGGUCAGAAGGUGGUGGGGAAGAAGGCUGUGGGGCAGAAGCAGGGUGGAGGGGGGUUCUUUAGCAGCUUUUUUGGGAAGAAAGAGGGAAAGAAGAAGGAGCAGGAAGAAUCCAAGGAGCCUGACAGCAUAGAUGAGUUAAUGACUCCAGAGGAAAAGGCUAAACUCUACACAGCGAUUGGAUACAGCGGCAGUUCACACAACUUGGCGUUGCCCAAAGAGUACGUGGCUGUCGUUGUGACCUUCAAGCUGAUGCAGACAUCUAUCACGGUGCGAGAGGGACCAAAUGUGCCGGAAAUAAUGAAAGUGCAGAUGAAUGACCUUAGCACAAGCAUUUCGCAGAGACCGGGCGCACAAGCAAUUAAGGUGGAGGCCAAGUUGAUCCACUGGAAUGUCACAGGGUUGCUGCAGCAAGGCUCAGUGCCCUUGCUCAUCACCUCUGCGGGAGACUCCGGGUCCUCGUUACUCAGCAUUCUGUUUGAGCUGAACCCAGAGGGAAGCAGUGCUGACCAGCUGCUCAGAGUCCAGUCCCAGCCAGUGGAGAUCAUCUAUGAUGCAAUGACAGUGAACAGCAUGGCAGAGUUUUUCAAGACUGGCAAAGGGGUGGACCUUGAAGUCAUUACAUCUGCGACCCUCAUGAAGCUGGAGGAGAUCAAGGAGAAAACAGCUACUGGGCUUUCACAUAUAAUUGAGACGCGCAAGAUUCUUGACCUGAGGAUUGAUCUGAAACCAUCAUACUUAGUCAUACCAAAGUCUGGCUUCUAUGAUGGAAAAUCAGACUUGAUGAUAUUAGAUUUUGGUAGUUUGCAGUUGAACAGCGUGGACCAAGGAGUCCAUCAACAGGUUUCCAGCAGUUUCUCCUCCCUGGAGGAGAUCAUGGACAGAGCCUACGAGAGAUAUUCUCUUGAAGUCACAAAUGUACAAGUGCUGUACAGCAAAUCGGGAGAGGUGUGGAAAAGUGCUCGCUUACAGGGUUCCUCCAAGCAACAUAUUCUCCACCCCAUGGACUUCAAACUUCAACUAGCCAAGUCCAUGGUGGAUAAAGAUGCCAGAAUGCCCAGGUUAAAAUUGUCUGGCGAGCUUCCCUUGCUUCAUGUGAAGAUUUCUGAUCAGAAACUUCAUGGUGUGUUGGAUCUGGUGAAUAGUAUUCCUCUCCCUCAGAUGGUUUCCACACCAACCACACCUACAAAGAAGACACUGGCUAUUCCAUUAGCAGAUUCUAGAGCUAGAGUGCUGAGCUUGGGUCCCUCUGCACUUCCUGAUGUUAUAGAAACAGAUUCUGAUGAAGAUGUGGGUGAGAGGUCACUAAGUGAAGAUCCUCAGCGGGUCUCAGAGGAUCUCACUAACCUGCAGUUCAAAUUUGAAGUCAAAGUGGUUUUGAUCGAGCUGACCAGGCAGGUGGAGCUGGAGAACACUGUGCUUGCCCUGAACGUAUCCCAACUUGGAGCACAGGGUGAAAUGAGGACCUAUGACCUCACAGUCACCUCGUACCUGCGCAAGAUCAGCCUGGACUACUGUGAGAGCCAAGGUCUCCAAAGUCAACCCCUGCAUUUAAUCAGCUCUUCUGAUAAAGAUGGAUCAGACCUCUUGAAAGUGGAAUACAUUAAAGCUGACACCAGUGGACCCAAUUUUCAAACCAUGUUUGAUAACACCGAGCAAACACUAAAGGUGGAAUUCUCUUCCCUCCAUUUUCUGAUGCACACCAGAGCACUACUCUCCACCAUCAACUAUCUCAACACUGCUGUGCCUAAAGAGCUGACUGCCCCCAAGGAGACCACCAAACAGGCAGAGAAGGAUGUCUCUGGCAAGAGUGUGUUUAAGGCUUCCAAAGAGCAACAUGUUUUUAGCUUCAAGAUGUUUGCGAUGCUGGGUUCCAUUCGAGUGCUAGUAUGUGAUGACCGACACAGCAUUGCUGACAUCAUUGUCCAAGGCAUUGAUGCAUCAGUGUUGGUCCAUGCAAAGGAGACUGAAGUUUUUGCAAGGCUGCGGGACAUUGUUGUGGCAGACGUUGAUCCAAAAACCAUUCAUAAAAAGGCUGUGUCCAUAGUAGGAGAGGAGGUGUUUAGUUUCAAAAUACUUCUGUACCCUGGUGCCACUGAGGGUGAGAGCUACACUGACACUUCCAAAGUGGAUGGAAAGGUGACUCUACGACUGGGCUGUAUCCAGGUUGUCUACCUACACAAGUUCCUCAUGUCCCUCCUGGAAUCUCUUAGCUAUCAGUAUGCAUCGCCUGAUGAGAAAUUUGUGGAUAACUUCCAGACGGCAAAGGAGGCCCUGAGCGCUGCCACGGCUCAGGCAGCGGAGAAGGCAGCUUCAAGCGUGAGGGACUUUGCCCAGAAGAGUUUUCGCCUCUCCAUGGACAUCCGGCUGAAGGCCCCUGUCAUCAUAAUCCCUGAGUCCUCUGUGUCCCACAAUGCCGUUGAGGUGGACCUGGGUCUCAUCACGGUGUCUAACAGUUUCUCUUUAAUGUCAGCUGAGGGGUUCCCUCUUCCAGCUGUUGUUGAAAGAAUGGAAGUGAAACUCACUCAGCUGAAGUUGUCUAGGACGACAUUAAAGGGGAACGCCCCACAGGCCGACAUCGAGAUCCUGCAGCCUGUCAACCUGGAGCUGGUCGUCAAUCGAAAUUUGGCCGCAGCUUGGUUUACAAAAAUCCCAGGAGUGGAAGUUCAAGGAGUCUUGAAGUCCAUGAAUAUGGAGUUGGGUCAGGAAGACUUUGGUCUCUUAAUGAAGAUCAUGGUUGAGAAUAUAGGGGAAGGAAGUGCAGAGCAAGCUGCAGAAACCGCAAGACUUGAUAACAAAAUGAAAGAAAAAGUAGAGGGCAGUCAGCAGCAGAGGCCAGUUGCGGUGUCAGCAGCGACUGCUGAAAGCCAGCCAGUGAUGGUCGGUGGAGGAAUCAGUGAGGAAACCAUCAAUGUGCUCAUCAGUUUUGAAGUCAAAGAGGUUGUGCUGAAGCUAAAGAAAACAAGGAACCAGAGAGAAUGUCCCUUUUUGGUCCUUUAUGUGGACCAUGUUGGAAUUGACACAAGAAUGCGGCAGUAUGAUAUGUGUGCUGCAACUUACAUCAAGAAGAUCACUCUGAAGUGCCUUGAGUUUUCAGAUUCUUGUGGUGAGCCACUAAGUAUAGUAAGUUCAUCUGUUGAGUCAGGUGGAGAACUCCUCAAAGUGCAGUAUUUCAAGGCUGACAGAAAUGGACCAAACUUUGACACUGUCUACAAUAACACUGAGCAAAGGAUCGAUGUGACGUUCACAUCUCUUGACCUGAUACUGCACACAGAGGCUCUGCUUUCAACCAUUAAUUUCCUGUCAGCCGCCCUGUCCUUCAGCUCCCUGCCCUCACCAGAGAGAGAGCCAAAGCUGAAGGCAGAGGAUGGCCGGGCCCUUGUAUCCAGGACAAGACCUCCAGCUUCUGUCUCCGAUGGGAAUGUGAUCGACUUGCAAAUAGCCAUGCAGCUGGGUGCUUUCAAUGUAUUAGUGUGUGACUUGAACAGGAGCAUUGCUGACAUUAAAAUCCAAGGUAUUCAUGGAUCAUUACUGAUGCAAGGCACUGAAACUCACAUUUCCACCCGCCUAAGAGACUUUAUUGUGAUUGAUGAUGAUCCAAAGACAAUCCAUAAAAAGGCAAUCUCCAUUGUUGGAGAUGAAGUCUUCAGCUUCAGCCUGAGCCUGACCCCAAAGGCCACUGAGGGAAACGGAUAUUCAGACACCUCCAAGUAUGAUGGCAAGGUCAAACUCAAUGUGGGGUGCAUCCAAGUUCUUUAUGUACACAAGUUUGUCAUGUCUCUUUUGAAUGUUAUGAAUAACUUCCAGAUAGCAAAGGAGGCCUUGAGUGAUGCCACAGCUCAGGCAGCAGAGAAGGCAGCCUCCAGUGUGAGGGACUUUGCCCAGAAAACCUUCCGCCUCUCCAUGGACAUCCGGCUGAAGGCCCCCGUCAUCCUCAUCCCUCAGUCGUCCGUGUCCCACAAUGCUAUUGAGAUGGACCUGGGUCUCAUCACAGUGGCGAACACUUUCUCCCUGCUCCCCGUGGAAGGCCGCCCUCUUCCAGCUGUUAUUGACGAGAUGGACGUGCAGCUCACGCAACUCAAGUUGUCCAGAAUCUACAUGGACAAGGACAAUGUUCAGCCCAGCAUUAGGCUACUAGAGCCUGUCAAUUUCCUGCUGUCUGUCAAGAGGAACCUGGCAUCUACUUGGUUUCAGAAGAUGGCUGCAGUAGAGGUUGAAGGAGACCUGAAGCCCAUGAAGGUAGCUCUGAGCCAAGAGGACCUGUCUGUUCUGCUGAAGAUCUUAAUGCAGAACAUUGGAGAAGCGGCCCUUCUUCAGUCUGACUCAAAUGCUUGUCAGCAGGUCCCCAUCAAGCAAGAGGUUGUGCUCUCAGAGUUGGACUCUCCUAGAGGUGUGACCAAUGUGGAAGAAGAGUCAACAAAAGUGGAGCCAGAUCCUCUUAUAACUAUCAAGUUCAGUUUCAACAUUGAGUCUCUUGCUCUGGUGUUGUACAGUAAUGAUCCUAAGCAGGUGGCUUCAAUUAGCCAGCACCAGGAGAGUCUCUGCCUGGGGGAGUUAACCUUGCGUUUAAUGAAGGCAUCAGGGAAAAUGUUCAGCAAUGGUGCCUUGGAGGUCUCCACCAUUCUCACUGCUUGUACCCUAGAUGACAUGAGAACAGGAAUCCAGAGGGUGACUUCAAGGAUGCUGGGGAAACGGUUGGAGGACAGUCCUGAUGCCAUGAUUGACAUAACGUACUCUCAGAGCGACAGUGAGCGCACUGUGGUGGCGGUCCUGCAGAAGCUCUACCUAUGUGCCAGUGUGGAAUUCCUUAUGGCUGUGACAGACUUCUUCAUCCAGGCCCUGCCCCAGAGCCCUGGUGGACUCCCUGACAAGGCUGGGCAGCUUCCCCUCAAACAGAUCUCAGAGCCAAAGAGCAGCCCAGAACCCAAAGCAUCUCCAAUGCCCAAGACUGUGGUUCGAGCUGUGGUAGUAGACCCAGAGGUGGUCUUUGUGGCUAACCUCAUGAAGGCUGAUGCUCCAGCAAUGGUGGCCUCAUUUCAGUGUGACUUCUGCCUAGAGUCUGAGGACUCCACUCAAAAAAUGAGAGCCAAUCUCAGGGAGCUGAAAGUUCUGGCCUGUCCCUUUAUUCGCAACAAAAACGACAAGGCUGUCACCACGGUGUUGCGCCCAUGCUCUGUGCUACUGGAAACUAAAAUGCCUCUGAAUAAACCACUGACAGGCUUUUUGACUGUCGAAGAAGUCAUUAUUAAAAUCUCCCCGGUCAUUCUCAACACAGUUAUGACCAUCCUGGCAGCCAUGAAGCCAAAACCCAAAGAAGUCGAGAGUGUGGAAGAGACGAGCGAUGUCACCAAGCUCUGGUCUGUUAUGAAUAUAUAUGAGUCCAACUUCUGGUUUCUUGGUGUGGAUACAGCUAGCGAAAUCACAGAGAACUUCAGCGAGCAGGAUAACAGCAAUGCUGGAGAGACCUUUGCUGUUGACGUGAAGGUGGUGCAAGUGACCUUGGAGUCCGGCAUGGGCCAUUACACCGUGCCCUUGUUAUUGGCAGAGUCGUCCCUUACAGGAAUGGCUAGGAAUUGGUCCUCGCUCCUCAAUGUCAGUGCGGAUAUGACCCUUGAGGUCAAUUACUUCAAUGAAGCCCAUGCUGUGUGGGAACCUCUCAUUGAGAGAGUGGAUGACGGAAACCGUAGAUGGAACCUUAAAUUAGAGCUGAAGAACAGUCCAAUCCAAGACAGAAGUCCAGUUCCAGGAGAUGAUUUCAUUAUGCUGCCAGACCCCCAAACUGCUGUCAGCAUCUGCUCAAAGGACACCAUGAACAUCACUAUAUCGAAGUGUUGUCUCAGUGUGUUCACCAAUCUAGCAAAGGCAUUCUCUGAGGGAACAGCAUCUACUUUUGACCACUCUCUGAAGGAGAAGGCCCCCUUCAGCAUCCGUAAUGCCCUGGGCGUCCCACUCUUUGUCCAGCACAGUGCUAACCUGAGGCUUGUGGGCCCUCCAUCAGGAGGCCGGCGGCACGAGAUAGCUGUGGGUCAGAGUGUGGAUCUGGAGCACUCCAUCUUCGAGCCCUCGUCCCGCGGCAAGCUGUCUGCUCUGCAACGCCAGGACAGCUGCCUCUUCAACCUCAGCCUCAUUCCUACCGGCUACAGUGAAAUAACAAAUAUCCCUGUGGACAAGCCUGGGCGGAGACUAUACAACGUGCAUGGUCCCAACCUGCAGGAAACGGUGUCUGUGCUGGUACAGAUAGAUGCUACCGAAGGCAACAAAGUGAUAACAGCACGCUCACCAUUGCAGAUUAAGAAUCAUUUCUCUGUACCUUUUACCAUUUUGAAAUAUUGCACAUCAUCCCGAAGCCUGGUGCCUAUAGGUGUAGCUGAGCCUGAAAAGGAGUGUCAUGUAGCUCUAGACUCAUACAGAGGCCAGCUUUUCCUGCAGCCCGUGGGGCAUCUGAGAGGCCAAUACAGAGAGUCCACCACCUGCAUCUCCUGGAAGGAGCAUGUUCACGAGACCUCUGAGGUGCACUCGGUGUUGUAUUGCCCAGCCAGUGAGAGCAACUUCCUCCCGCUGGUGGUCAGCACGCUGGCGGUGCCCGACGACUUGUGCUUCAUCUCCUCCCAUGGCGAGCAAGACUGGGACCCGGCCUACAUCAUUAACCUCCACCCUCCUGUCACCCUCCGUAACCUGCUGCCCUAUUCCAUCCGCUAUCUGCUAGAGGGGUCAGCAGAGACACACGAACUGCAGGAGGGAAAUACGGCUGAUGUUUUAAAUGCCCGCAUCAGUGGGGAGAUAAUGGAACUGGUUCUGGUGAAGUACCAGGGCCGCAGCUGGAACAGCCACGUGAAAAUCCACCAAGCUAUGGCUGAGUUCUUCCCCAUCUGCUUCAUGUGUGACUCUGCUGAGAAGCUCACUGUGGACCUGAGCAUGCAUGUGUCAAGAGUGGGUGGCCGUCUGGUGCUGUCCGUCUUCAGCCCUUACUGGAUCAUCAACAAGACAUCUCGGGUCCUCCAGUACCGGGCCGAGGAUGUCCACGUCAAGCAUCCCUCAGACUUCCGUGAUGUUGUUCUCUUCUCCUUCAAAAAGAAGAACAUUUUCAGCAAGAACAAGAUCCAACUCUGUGUCUCCACUAGUACCUGGUCUGAUGGCUUCUCCUUGGACACGGUGGGAAGUUACGGGUGUGUGAAAUGCCCUGCUAACAAUAUGGAUUACUUGGUGGGUGUCAGUAUCCAGAUGAGCAGCUUCAACCUGACCCGCAUAGUGACAAUGAGCCCCUUUUACACUCUGGUCAACAAGUCUUCCUAUGAACUGGAGAUCGGUGAAGUCCAGAAUAAGGUCACCAUGAAUGAAAAGUGGCACUACAUUGGAUCCAAAGAGUGUCUUCCAUUGUGGCCUGAAUCUACCACAGGAAAGCUCUGUGUUAGAGUGGUGGGGUCUGAAUCAUCAUCAAAAUCCUUCUUUUUCAACAAGCAAGACAAUGGCACUCUGCUCUCUAUGGAUGCGUAUGGGGGUAUCAUAGUCGAUGUUAACAUCUCAGAUCAUUCCACUGUGAUCAGUUUCACUGACUAUUAUGAUGGAGCUGCCCCAGCUCUUAUUGUAAACCAUACUCCAUGGACCGUGAUCAGCUACAGGCAAAGCGGCUCCUCUGUAGUUCGUGAGCUGAAGCCUGGGGAAGCGCAGCGGUUCGCCUGGGAUGACCCAGCUGCAGUCCGGAAGCUCAUCUGGAACUGCGCAGAACACGGAGGCGAGCUGGACCUGAUUAAGGAUGAAUGUAGCCAGUUUGCCUGCAAUGAUAGCACGCAGAUCCACUGGGUGUCCUUCUUGGAUGGCCGACAGCGGGUGCUGCUCUUCACAGAGGAUGUGGCACUGGUCACCAAGGCACGGCAGGCAGAGGAGCUGGAGCAGUUCCAGCAGGAGGUCAACAUUUCCUUGCAGAACCUGGGGCUGUCCCUGGUCAACAAUGAGAGCCGACAAGAGAUCGCCUAUGUGGGCAUCACCAGUUCUGGUGUGGUGUGGGAGAUGAAGCCAAAGAACCGCUGGAAGUCCUUUAACCAGAAGAACAUCAAUCUCCUAGAGAAGGCUUACCAGAACCACUUAUCUGGAAAGAGUGAACCUGGCUGGGUGAAGCUGGAGUCAAAUAUAGAGGUGAACUUCAGCAAGGUGCCUAUGGCAAUGCGCCAGCCGUACGCCUGCAGCAUCAGGAGGAACUUCCUGUCAGGGAUCCAGGUGGAGUUCAAGCAAUCCUCCCACCAGAGGAGUUUACGGGCUCAGCUGCACUGGCUCCAGGUGGACAAUCAGCUUGUUGGAGCAAUAUUUCCCAUUGUGUUUCAUCCAGUCCCCCCUCCCAAGUCCAUUGCCUUAGACUCAGAACCAAAGCCUUUCAUUGACAUCAGUGUCAUCACUAGGUUCAAUGAACACAGCCAAGUCACGCAAUUCAAGUACUUCAUGGCCCUGGUUCAGGAGAUGGCUGUAAAGAUUGAUCAAGGCUUCCUGGGAGCCAUCAUUGCUUUGUUCACUCCAGCCACAGACCCACAGGCUGAUAAGCAGAAGACCAAGCUCAUUGAGAGGGACCUGGAGGCACUGCAGGCAGAGCUCAUGGAGGCAUCCAUGACAGACACUUCAGGCCUCAGCUUCUUUGAGCACUUCCACAUCUCCCCCAUCAAACUGCAUCUGAGUCUGUCGCUGGGCUCCAGUGGGGGUGAAUCAGAUGAGCAGGAUAUGGUCGCCAUCCAGUCUGUCAACUUGCUCCUGAAGAGCAUUGGGGCGACCCUCACUGAUGUCGAUGACCUAAUAUUCAAACUUGCCUGUUUUGAAGUGAAGUAUCAGUUCUAUCGCAGGGAAAAGCUGAUGUGGACUGUGAUUCGACAUUACAGCGAGCAAUUCCUGAAGCAGAUGUAUGUGCUGGUAUUGGGCCUGGAUGUCCUCGGGAAUCCAUUUGGGCUGAUCCGGGGCCUGUCAGAGGGUGUCGAAGCCUUUUUCUAUGAGCCCUUCCAGGGUGCAGUGCAGGGUCCGGAGGAAUUUGCAGAAGGGUUUGUGAUUGGAGUGCGCAGCCUCCUGGGUCACACUGUUGGGGGCGCUGCGGGAAUGGUGUCUCGCAUAACCGGCUCUGUCGGUAAAGGCCUGGCUGCCAUCACCAUGGAUAAAGAGUACCAGCAGAAGCGUAGGGAGGAGAUGAAUCGACCACCCAAAGACUUUGGGGAAAGUCUGGCCAAGGGUGGGAAAGGAUUCUUAAAGGGUGUCGUGGGAGGGGUGACUGGAAUUGUGACGAAACCUGUUGAAGGUGCAAAGAAGGAGGGAGCAGCUGGCUUCUUCAAGGGCAUCGGAAAGGGCCUGGUCGGUGUGGUGGCUCGACCUACAGGAGGCAUCGUCGACAUGGCCAGCAGUACUUUCCAGGGCAUCCAGAGGGUAGCAGAGUCUACUGAAGAGGUUACCAAGGUGAGACCGGCGCGCCUCAUCCGGGAGGACGGCAUCAUCCGCCCCUACAACCAGGUGGAAUCCAAGGGCUACGACUUAUUCCAGAGGUCAGAGAUAAAGCAGUUUGAUGGAGAAGUGUUCCGUGAGCACUGCGAAUACCCUGGACACAAGAGAACGAAUAUUAUUGUCACAAACAGGAGAGUUCUGUGUGUGAAGGAGAUUGAGUUUGUGGGACACUUCAAUAAAGAGUGGGAAUGCUUAUUUGAGCACUUCUCCCGUACGCCCAACGUGGAAGGCAGCAAUCUCAAAAUAUAUUGCAAGGAGCAAAACAAGCUGAAGAUCCAGUGGAAGGAUGUACAGGAGUCUGUGAGAGUGCUGCAGCUGAGGGAGACAGCCAUUGCCCAGAAACUGCGAGAUGCCAUUGAAGAGGCCCAGGUGGCACGGCGACAGCAUCAGAUGGUGAAACAGAAGUCUCAGCGCUUCCUCAAAGGCAGCACCAUACAGUGAAAUCACUGGACUGGCUCCCAUCUAGGCAGCACAAUAUACUUCUGCACUAAUUGAAUGACUUUUUUCUGUUUAUUUUACCGCACACAAAUUAGUACGACCUUUUCUCACGGAACGGUGCCUUUAUGAGAAGUGCUAGAUUUGAAAUUUAAUGCCAAAUGAUUAUUUUUUAUUAUGUCAUUGGAAAAAUACCACUGAAUGUAAAGAGUACUUUAUAAAUGUCGGGCUUGAGUACUUGGUAAUACACCUUUUUUGUUGCUGUCAUAUUUUAUAGGUAUUUCACAAAUAUUAAUUAAUGGAAUAUAAAUUGCUUGCACUGAAUGUAAAAUAUUGCAUGUGCAAUUUCAUGUGGGGGUUUGAUGCAAACGUAAAGAUGUGGCACACUCGGUUUUACAUCCUUUUGCAAUUUUUGCACUUCUAUGCACAGGAUAUGUGUAUCUGUAUAGCAGGCCUGUCAGAUUUUUUCUUUUUUUUUUUUUUUUUUAAAAAAAGUCCAGUGUUUGCACCUCUUUGGAGUAGUACUUGCUCACAUAAGGCCAUAUUAAAUUUGCACUUAUUCCUAUUAUUUACACAUGUAUAAUGUGUUUUCUAGAUGAGAUGUUUCUUACAAGACAUUGUAAAGACAGUAUGUUUUUAGUGCACUAUAAGUAACAUAUCCUUUUGCAAAACUGUUUUGCUCACCCAGCAUUUAAAACAUUUUUUGUGUAUCUGUUUCGGAACGCACGAGGUAGGAGGGAAUAACUGAGAUGGAAGAAACUGACUAUAUAUUCUUUCCGGCAGGAACCAAUUUAUAUGGGGGGGGAAUCAGCUUUAACAUUUUUAGCAAGAAUAUGACGGUUUGAAGCUUUUGUCAAAGGAAACAAAAAAUAAA